AUGGAGGACGUCCACGGCGUCGACGUCUCGUGGCUGCACCACUCUUCUACGCGAGGUGAGCGGAGGGCGGCGGCUCCACUGUUUUCGGUGUCGCGCAUCCCAAAGGUAGUUGUGGCUGACAGAGUGCGCUCUCCAGAUCAUCACCAUCGCCAGUACGCGCCUUCGUCGCCAGGCCUGCCCAAGGACGCCAAACCGAGGACGUCGUCGCACGGCGGCCUCCCCUCGAACGGCACCCAUAGCGAGCGCAAAACCCCGGAGUCCGCCACGUCGGCUGUCCAGGACGUACCAGCACCGUCUCCCGCACCUUCGAACCCGACUCCCGCACCAGCGACACCGACGCCAGUCCAGAAGAUCCCCACCAAGCGCCCGACCUUGCUGGGCCGAUCCGGCUCCGAAAAACAGCAGCCAGGUAGUGUUACGCCACCGGAGACCAAGACGAGUUUACGCAAGAACUCGUGGAUCUCGAGCAUCAGCUCCAAGUUUUCCUCACAGAACUCGCCCGCGCAAACAACCCAGGUCCAGGCGCAAGGAUCGUCGGCGAAUACAAAUGCCGCUGAAGGAGUGGCUGCGACCGCCAACGGCGCGCUGAAUGGCAUCCAAGCCGCCGCUUCCCAAACCCAUAGUGCAUACGAGCCAUAUGUUCCGCAGCAACCCAAGGGAUCCUUCAUCUCAAAUGCGUUGCGACGACUAUCGUCGGGGUCACAAGUCGGUGGUUCCCUUGGAAAGGCUGUACCAAAUGGCGGCGUCUGCCCCAGGAAGGUCAUGAACAUCGAUCCCAAUAGAACGCGAUGUCUAGUCCCGGAGCUCAACCAGAGCAAGUUGCGCCGCGUCGCAUUCUGCGUCGACGUCGAGAUCGCAGGUGGCCCGAGGUACAAGGACGAGGCCGACAGCGAGGAGCGGAAACAGAAGCGCAAGGACAAGAAGAUAAAGGAGCGGGGUGAAGGAGAAGCGUUGAAGCACCCAGAGACCGCUGCCCAAGAAAAAGACAAAGAACGAGAUGUUGAAGCUGUUCUCUCGCAGGAAGUAGCAGGAGCCGAACAAGGACCCAACCCAGAGGGCACCGGGACCACCGACGAGAAGUCCGAGCCGAGCAGGAAGAAAGAGAAGAAGAAGCGGUCUGAAGCUGAACGUAAAGAGCGGAAGGAGAAGAAGCGCAGAAAGGCCGAGGAGAACGGAUCUGUGCCACUCGAGAUCACCAGAGACGAUGACGAAGUGAGUGCUGACGGUGCAUCUGAGGGUUCUUCCAAACCCUCACCUAAGCACCAGGACCGGCCCACCACGGAUCCGUUGCGAAUUUACCGUAGAUGUUGCCAGUUGAGAGAAACACCUAUCUUGAAGAGAAUUAGCGAUCAGCUUUCUAACCCGGCAACGACUGCGCUUUCGGCACCGGGAACGGUAACAUGCUUAGAUCUGACAGGCUCUCGCUUACAGCUUGCCGACGUCGUUACCCUUUCCGACUGGCUAGCCGUGGUCCCUGUGAAAAAGCUGUUCUUGGACGAUGCAGACUUAAACGACGAGAAGAUAAGAGUCAUACUUGCUGGCUUACUCGCUGCCAAAGUCCCAGAAGCCGGUAGGAGGAGGAAGUCCACUCCAGGAGAAACAAAGAAUGGAAGCGAAAACAUAGAAGAACGCUCCGGUGUCGUUAAGAAACUGGUUCUCAAGAACAACCCGAAGAUAACAGCAGAGGGCUGGAGACACAUCGCCCUCUUCAUAUACAUGUGCAAAUCGCUCAUGUCGCUCGAUGUCUCCAUGAUACCAUUUCCAUCAUCCUCUCCACAGCCGGUUCCUCAAAUACCCAAUGGCGCUGUUGGCGCAUCAGCCGAGAAAAAAGCUGCUUCGAAGGACAUUGCUGAAAUCAUGUUGAAAGCAAUCUCAGAGCGACUGGGAGGGUCAAAACUUGAGGAACUUUUGCUCUCUGAAUGCGGCCUGUCUUCAUCGAGCAUCAGGAAAGUCGUUGAUGGGGCCAUCGUUAGUGGGGUGCAGCGGUUAGGUCUUGCGGGCAACAAUAUUGAUGAGCAAGGACUGGAACACAUUAUUCACUACAUCAAGUCCGGGGUGUGUCAAGGACUAGAUCUUGGCGGCAACACUCUUCGCGACUCAAUAUCUCGUCUAACGGAGUGUUUCACCAAAGACUGUCCAUUGUGGGCAUUGAGUGUUGCUGACACCGACCUCACACCUGAGUCGCUCAGGAUUCUAUUUCCGGCUCUGGGUAAUCUACCGAACUUCAUCUUCUUGGAUCUCUCACACAACCGCGAUCUAUUCUCUAAUUCAUUGUCGCUCUGUCUUCUGCGGAAGUACAUGCCUCAAUUCAAGAAGCUAAAGCGCAUACAUCUCACGGAUGUAUCUUUAUCCCAAGCAGACGUGAUUGGCAUUGCGGAGAUCAUUCCGGAAUGUCCGGUGAUCGCGCACGUUGACAUCCAAGGAAAUCCCAAGAUUUCUGCUCUGGCUGCAGCAUCAACGGAAGAAGAGCAAGAAGAAGCAGCCGCUGUCUAUGCUUCAUUAACCCUAGCUGCCAAGGUCUCGCAGACCAUCGUAUUCCUCGGCGUCGAUGUGCCUGGACCUGAGAGCAACGAAGUCGUCAAGGCGCUAGCCAAGCAGGUCAUUGCGUAUUGUCUUCGCAACAUGCAGAACAUCGAAGGUGUUCCCGAGCUCCAGAAUGCUUCGAGGGAUGCUGUGUUGCCUGAUGUGCUCCAACAUCUGGUUGGCCAUGCAGACGACACAAGUGUGGCUCCAGCAGACGACGAUGCAGCGCCUAAUGAUGAUUAUAUUGUCGGUGGCACCGGAGUUGCAAAAGCCCUCAGUUACUGCCUGCGACAGAAGGAAUCAGACUUACGCAGAACGUCGCUCCCAGCAAGUGGCACAACAACGCCUAAAAGCAGUCAGGCGACAGUUUCUGAAGAAUCGCACAGAGCCAGAAUCAUGUCCAAGAACCUCUUGGAGAACGCGCGUAAUAUCAGACAGAGACUGCAGGUGGCACUCGCUCGUGAGGCAAAAGCAGGCAAUGAUAUUCCAUAUCGACGCCUUAUCUUCCUCGAUCAGACAUUGCAGGGUAUGAUCAAACGCUUCGAAGAUGAAUACCCAGAGACACGCAUCCAGUCCUCAGACGCCGCCUCCACAGCCAGCUCCAUUCCUAGCUCUUCACCGCCUCUCUCCACCGUCCCCACACUCUCGACAAGCGCAACAGACAACGCAGAUAACGUCUUCCACGACUCCGACGAAGAUGAGCCCAAGGCCCUCCGCUCCCGCCACAACUCGGACGUCAGCCUCGCCUCGCGCGCACAAACCCUCGAAGAAGGCCGUCUCCAUCGCCUCGGCCACCGCAUCCGUACCGAGUUCAUCAACCCCUCGCGCCCCAGCUCCUCGCACACUGAGCAGGCCAAUCUCUCCGGUAGCAUGAACGACCUCGGCCUGCCGCCGCACGUCAUGGCCCUGCGCAACCAGUUCGCGUCGUACAGCGGCGAGCAGAUCCGCGAAAUGACCGAGGGUGCUGGCUGGGAGAAGGCAUUCAACGACAUCGUCGAGAACGCCGAGGAGCUGAAGCGCAUGGAGAAGGAGAGUCCCGAAGAAUUUGCCAAGUUCAGGGACACUCAGAUUGCGGCGCUCAAGAACGCGAGUCCUGACGUCGACUUCAGCGACCGGUGGACGGCUAUCGGGAAAGAGAAUGAGAAUGCGAUUGAGGACUAG